UGUCUUGGAGCCUUCACCCUUCCCCUGCCUUGUAACCGGGCCUGUGGACCCAGCAGGGACCACUCCCUGACUGGCCUUCCCGAAAUUCACUUUUCCCCAGUGCCAACCGAGGAGCAGCAGGAACAACAAAAACCUGGUGGGAGUGUGGGCACUCACCGUUCCACUCUCGAUAAACUUCUGAUAAAGAAAGAUGAUAGAAAGAGAGUUAUAUGCAUCGAGGGGAACAUUGCAAGUGGGAAAACAACAUGCCUGGAUUAUUUUGCACAAACUACCAGCAUUGAGGUUUUGAAAGAACCUUUGAUGAAGUGGAGGAACGUUCGUGGUCAUAAUAUCCUGGGUUUAAUGUACCAGGAUGCUUCCAGAUGGGGGAUAACGUUACAGACUUACGUCCAGCUGACCAUGUUGGAGCAGCACACCAGACCAAUGACUUCUCCAGUCCGAAUGAUGGAGAGAUCAAUUCACAGUGCAAAACACAUCUUUGUGGAAAAUUUGUACAGAAGUGGAAAAAUGCCAGAGGUGGAUUAUGCUGUGCUAAGUGAAUGGUUUGACUGGAUCAAGAACAACAUCGAUGUUUCAGUGGAUUUAAUAGUUUAUCUGCAGACAUCUCCUAAAGUUUGUUAUGAGAGGUUAAAAACACGAUGCAGAGAAGAAGAAAAGAUCAUUCCUCUGGAAUAUUUAGAAGCUAUUCAUGAGCUCUAUGAAGAGUGGCUCAUUAAACGUGCACUGUUUGAAGUUUCCUGCCCAGUGCUUGUUAUUGGAGCUGACCAUGACAUGCAGAAAAUGAUAGAAACGUAUGAAGAAAAACGGGACCAAAUACUAAACCCAUCCAAUAGACAAUACCAUUUAUAGGAGCCUGUGAUUGUUGUACCAAAUACUGUUUAUGAAGUCUGAUUUGGUAUUUUUAAUAUUUAAAUAUAACUAGUUUUGGUUUUGCACUAUGCUUUGUAGAAUGUUGUGGACUUAUGGCUAUGAAAUGUUCAGGUUCAAGUCAGGAACAGAAUAUAAACCAAUCCCUUUUUGUGUUUUUGGGUUCUCCAUCAACUUCACUGUGUCAGAUCUCUUCAGCUAAAAUAUGGCUGUUUCCCCUAUUUCCCACUUCACUGCUGCUUCCUAGAGUAACCUAAGUUUCUUCUUUAUUUUUCCCUAAAGACAACCCUGGUUUUGUAAUUUAAAAUAAAUGAUUUGUUACUACCUGCCUCUGAA